GUAGUUCUCCUGGCCGGAAGUGAGGGUGGCAGGGAUAGAAACCGCAGCUGAGGCAGCAGUCCCUGACGCCGCCCGCCACCGGGGUGUAGUGCAUCACUUGGAGCCCACCAGCUGGGCGUGACUCCUCGGUUCCCGGAGGGUUCCUGGAGCCCUGGCCGGGGAGGAAGAGCGGUAGGAACCGCCUGUCUUGAGGCAGGAGGCGGCCUCGCAGUCCCGGAUGCGGCCGGAGGGCGCGGGAAUGGAUCUCCGUGGCUGCGAGGAGCGCCUGCCGGAGGAGAGCAGGAGAGAGCACUGGCAGUUGCUGGGUAAUUUGAAGACUACUGUGGAGGGUUUGGUGUCGGCCAACAGCCCCAACGUCUGGUCUAAGUAUGGCGGUCUGGAACGGUUGUGCCGGGACAUGCAGAGCAUCCUCUACCAUGGUCUCAUCCAUGACCAGGUGUGUUGCCACCAGACUGAUUACUGGCAGUUUGUGAAAGAUAUCCGGUGGCUCAGUCCGCACUCAGCCCUCCAUGUAGAGCAGUUCAUCAACUUGUACGAGAAUGGCCAGAGCAGUGCUGAUGGUGUGAGCGAGCGUGCCAUUGCAGAGUUGUGGCUACAGCACAGUUUGCAGUUCCACUGCCUCUCGGCCCAGCUCCGACCUCUGCUUGGGGACAGACAGUAUAUCAAAAAGUUCUACACAGAUACUGCUUUCCUAUUAAGUGACGCCCAUGUCACAGCCAUGCUGCAGUGCCUGGAAGCAGUGGAACAGAACAACCCCCGCCUGCUGGCUCAGAUCGAUGCAUCUAUGUUUGCCAGAAAGCACGAGAGCCCACUGCUGGUGACAAAGAGCCAGAGUCUGACAGCUCUGCCUGGGUCCACAUGCACCCCUCCAGCCAGCUAUGCUCAGCAUUCCUAUUUUGGGUCCUUCUCAAGCCUCCACCAGUCCAUGCCCAGCCACAAUGCAGAGAGAAGAUCUACUUCCUUUUCACUCUCUGGCCCUCCCUGGAAACCUCAAGAAAGCAGGGGGCAUGUCGCACCAGCAGAGGACCCAACCAGCCAGACGCCUCAGCCUUCAGUGUCUGCACUGUCUGGGGAGUCCCCCACAACCUCACAGGAGAUGAGCUCCAGCACUCUGACCAGCCCCGUAGAAGCAUCAUGGGUCAGCAACCAGAAUAAUUUCUCAAAUGAUGCCAGUGAGGGGCCCGAGUAUCUGGCCAUUGGCAACCAGGACCCUCAUAGCCGGACUGCCAGCUGUCAGAGUCACAGCAGCAACAAUGAGAGCAGCAGUUCCAACUUGUUUUCCUCCAACAGCUCCCAGAAGCCCGAUUCUGCUGCUUCUUCCUUAGGCGAUCAGGAGGGAAGUGAGCAAAGCCGGAUGUCCAGUGUCCUUCGUAGGUCCAGCUUCUCAGAGGGGCAGACACUGCCUGUCACCAGCGGGACGAAGAAGAGCCACACUCGCUCCCAUUCAGAUACCAACAUUGCCUCCAGAGGAGCCCCAGAAUCCUGCAAUGAGAAGUUGAAGUUGAGAGGUGCCUUGUCCUACUCUGGCCAAAGCAGUGAAGUCAGCACACCCAGCUCUCUCUAUAUGGAGUAUGAGGGUGGUCGGUACCUGUGCUCAGGAGAAGGCAUGUUCCGCAGACCCUCAGAAGGACAGUCCCUCAUCAGCUACCUGUCCGAGCAGGACUUUGGCAGCUGUGCAGACCUGGAAAAGGAGAAUGCCCACUUUAGCAUCUCAGAGUCCCUGAUUGCCGCCAUCGAGCUCAUGAAGUGCAACAUGAUGAGCCAGUGCCUAGAAGAGGACCAAGUCGAGGAGGAGGACAGUGACCGAGAGAUCCAGGAAUUGAAGCAGAAGAUCCGCCUCCGGCGCCAGCAGAUCCGCACCAAGAAUCUGUUCCCCAUGUACCAGGAGGCUGAGCAAGGGAGUUUCCGGAUCACCUCCAGCAGCUCCCAGUUCAGUUCACGUGAUUCAGCACAGUUCUCCGACUCUGGCUCUGCUGAGGAAGUUGACGAUUUUGAAAUCCAAGAUGCUGUCAUCAAAAGGAACACAGCCUCAAACGGCAAAGGCUUCACUUCCUCUCAGUCCUUCUCCCACAGCUUCCUGCACUCCACGUCUGCUGAGGCAGUGGCCAUGGGCCUCCUCAAGCAGUUUGAGGGCAUGCAGCUUCCGGCUGCCUCGGAGCUGGAGUGGCUAGUCCCAGAGCAUGAUGCCCCACAGAAGCUCCUGCCCAUCCCCGACUCACUGCCCAUCUCACCAGAUGACGGGCAGCAUGCUGACGUCUACAAGCUGCGUAUUCGUGUCCGUGGCAACCUGGAAUGGGCCCCGCCCCGACCUCAGAUCAUCUUUAAUGUUCAUCCAGCCCCAACGAGGAAGAUUGCCGUGGCCAAGCAGAAUUACCGCUGCGCGGGAUGUGGCAUCCGGACCGAACCGGAUUAUAUCAAGCGGCUGCGGUACUGUGAGUACUUGGGCAAGUACUUCUGUCAGUGCUGCCAUGAGAACGCCCAGAUGGUCAUCCCCAGCCGGAUCCUGCGCAAGUGGGACUUCAGCAAGUACUACAUCAGCAAUUUCUCCAAGGACCUGCUCCUUAAGAUCUGGAACGACCCUCUCUUCAAUGUGCAGGACAUCAACAGCGUCCUCUAUAGGAAGAUCAAGCAGCUCAAUCAAGUCCGACUGUUGAGGAUCCAACUCUGUCACAUGAAGAACAUGUUCAAGACCUGCCGACUGGCGAAAGAACUCCUGGAUUCUUUUGACACAGUCCCAGGCCACCUGACGGAAGAUCUACACCUGUACUCACUCAACGACCUAACUGCAACCAAGAAGGGGGAGCUGGGACCCCGGCUUGUUGAGCUCACCAGGGCAGGGGCCGCCCACGUAGGGCGAUGCAUGCUCUGCCAGGCCAAGGGCUUCAUCUGCGAGUUCUGUCAGAAUGAAGACGACAUCAUCUUUCCUUUUGAGCUCCACAAGUGCCGGACCUGUGAAGAGUGCAAAGCAUGUUACCAUAAAGCGUGUUUCAAGUCCGGCAGCUGUCCAAGGUGUGAGCGGCUGCAGGCCCGGAGGGAGUUGCUGGCCAAGCAGAGCCUAGAGUCCUACCUGUCAGACUAUGAGGAGGAGCCCACUGAAGCUUUGGCCCUGGAAGCCACCGUCUUGGAGACCACGAAAGGAGAAAGAACAUGAAAUGUUUUGAAAGCACUUUGCAACUUACCAGUAUAUGAAAAUCUGCUGCUGUCCUGAAUAGAAGUUACUAAAUGCACUGAAGAGAGUUCUUUAUGACAUGAAAGAGAAAAAGUGUUCUUUUCUGUAAAUUAUGGGCUUGUUCGGGGAGAAUCAGCUUGCUCAUGAGGUGGAGACAAGAUUCAAGACAUAGCGGAAGAGUGGAAGGUAGAUGUUUUCCACUUAAAUGAGGCUGUUGGUGACUUUUCUCUGCCAAGACUUUAGAGUUGUGAUCGGAUCACUGGAAAGGGAGCAAGGAAUCUAAACAAGAGAUGAGUUGUGUGUGUGUGUGUGUGUGUGUGUGUGUGUAUGUACUCACGGCUCAUGUUCUGAACUGAAUCCCCACUUGUAGCUCCCACACAUCCCAGCAGUUCAUUGUUGUCUUUAAUAAACUAAGCGAAUGGAAACCUA